ACAAACGCAUUGCCUCGGCUCCACGGAACACCGCACAAACACAAGAAAUUAGACCAGGAAAGGGUGAGAAUUCUUGAGAGCUAAGCCUAAGCAAAUCUUUCAUGGCAAUGGCUUCCACUUCUCUUCACCAAUCUUUAUCUCCAAAGUACCCUCAUCUUUUUCAUAAUUCACGGUUUCCUCCCACUCGUCUCCGGUUCACCUCCCUUCGGUUUCCCUCUACAAUUCGCGCCACUUCAGCUGUUUCUCUUGAACCUGAAUUAAGCACACAGCAGAGUCAAACUUUAGAGGUUGACCCAUUUGCAUGCCCAAUAUGCUACCAACCUCUGAUAAGAAAAGGUCCUAAAGGUUUUAACUUGCCAGCAAUCUACCGGUCUGGUUUCAAGUGUAAUAGAUGCAACAAAACAUACUCCAGCAAAGAAAACUAUCUAGACCUUACCAUUACUGCUGGAAUGAAGGACUACACUGAAGUCAAACCAGUUCGUACUGAGCUAUUCCGGAGUCCACUUGUUUCAUUCUUGUAUGAACGUGGCUGGCGUCAAAAUUUUAAUCAAAGUGGCUUUCCUGGUCCUGAUGAAGAGUUCAAAAUGGCUCAGGAGUACUUCAAACCCACAGAAGGUGGUCUUCUAGUAGAUGUUAGCUGUGGUAGUGGUUUAUUUUCCAGAAAAUUUGCCAAAUCUGGAACCUAUUCUAAAGUUAUUGCACUUGAUUUUUCUGAAAAUAUGCUUCGCCAAUGCUAUGAUUUCAUCAAGCAAGAUGAUACUAUCUCAACGAGAAAUCUUGCUCUCGUCAGGGCAGAUGUUUCAAGACUUCCCUUUGCUUCAGGUUCAGUUGAUGCUAUUCAUGCUGGUGCUGCCUUGCAUUGCUGGCCAUCUGCUUCCAAUGCUGUUGCUGAAAUUUGCCGUGCUUUGCGAAGUGGUGGAGUCUUUGUUGGGACCACUUUUCUUCAAUACAGCUCAACCACUUCCUGGAUAGAACGACCUUUCCGAGAGAGGAUUAUGCAAAACUACAACUAUUUCACAGAGGAGGAAAUCGAAGACUUGUGCACAACAUGUGGUCUUACCAACUACACAAGAAUUGUUCAGCGAUCCUUCAUCAUGUUCUCUGCUCAGAAGCCAUGAAACAAGGCUUAGUUCAUUUGAACAUCAUUUGAUGAUUUGAUCUAGACUGGCUAUAUCAUUCAUUGCUGAUUUGGGAUACAGAAUAUUGUAUAGACAUUUUAAAUAAUAGAAAGACCUUAAAGGUGAUGAACCUAGGGUGAUGUAAAGUGUCAUUGUUGAUGAAAAAGUCCCAUCUUUUACUGUCU